AUGGAAUACCACCAAGACGGCCGACCAUGCAAAGCAUGUGUAAGUGUGGAAGACAUGAUGAGGAUGUCGAGGGAAGCAGCGAAAAAGAAAGGCGUUGAUGUUAAGAAUACAACACCGACGAAGAAGGAAGUUGAAACACGAAGGAGUGAUUGUCCUGUAGACAAAGAUCAGCUCGGUAGAUCAACAUGGAACUUAUUACACACAAUGUCAGUCUAUUAUCCUGAUAAUCCUACUGCUCAGGAAAAGAAGGACGUUCAGGAGACUUUGGAAGCAUUGUCAAGGGUGAGGGUUUGCUAGAAGAACCUUGUUAUAACUUAUAAGUCGUGUCUACUAUAUAUUAGGAAUCAUAUUAUAUUUAAAUAAUUCUCUUUUCUAACCUACAUUUCCAGACCUACCCAUGUCCACCAUGUGCGGAAGAUUUGAGGAAAGAUUUAAAAAAGAAUCCUCCUCAACUGGAGAACAGAGAUACUCUAUCAAAAUGGAUGUGUGAGAUGCACAAUCGAGUCAAUAAAAAGUUGGGGAAAGAUGAGUUCGAUUGUACGAAGGUAAUGCAACGAUGGUACGAUGGAUGGGAAGACGGGUCUUGUGACAACCUAUAG